UAGCUGGAAACAUCCAUGUCAGUCUAUAAAGUGGUGCUAGUGAGGAAUCUUCGCUCCACUUUAUUUACCAACCCCUAACACUUUCCGCCAGCCUAAUCUGUAUUGGAGGAUUCUUCACCAGUGCCUAUAAAGUUAACAUAUGUUAUUCGCUAACCCUUAACCACCAACCUCCAACACAUUCCAUUAUAUACCCUAAUCUGUAGCGUAACGGAGGAUUCUCCUAGUGUUUAGUUUUAUUACAUAUAAUGAAAAACUCUGGUAUAUUUUUUGCAGUAUAGACAUUAUAGUGGUUAUUUACCAUACUGUGAAAAAUAUUUAUUCAAUGGAUAAAAUGUGAAGCUACGAGACUUGCACGAAAUAACCAACGUUAUUGUUGAAACUUGUGUUCAAAAUGGGCGGCUUAAUAUCUCUUAUUACGAACGUAACUGAUGCUGUACAAUAUCUCAGUGCAAUAACAAUUUCAUUCAUUCUCGGGGCUUUGACAGUUGUUGCUGUUGUUAUGUAUCUUCUGCAUGAAUACACAAAGUCCAUUGCACCGCCUAAAAAGCCUAAGUUGUUCAAAAAAUUAAGCGUUGGCCGCUUGUUGCAUGAGAACUUGAACUCCGGGGGAGAUGAGCAUUGUUCGGAGACAUGUAGGUUUCUAAAUAUGAUCAUUUUCUUCGUUUUCAACGAAUGGAGAAACUCAAUGGACCUACACAAGUGGGUGUUAAAGAAAAUCAAUGUGGAGCUGAUGGAGUUAAUGGAAACAAAAGCUGCUAGCCGGUUUUUACAGUCGCUUAAAAUCCAUGACAUAGAACUUGGGAGUAAUUUGCCGAUAAUACACGGUGUAACUAUGGAUGAUCCAAAGUGUCAGAUAAAUGGACCAUUACCGGACAAUGUAACCAUAGAUAUUGAUAUUGAAUAUGACGGAAAUCUCCGUCUAGCUGUGGACGUGGAUUUAGUGUUCGGUAAAACUGCAUUUGUUUCGCUUCGGAUUAAAUAUUUAAAGGGGAGCAUUCGACUUCAAUUUUCACGAUUCCCAUGUGCGCAUUGGUCAGUAUGUUUUGUGGAGGAACCAGACAUUAAGUUUGACGUUGAUACAAGUUUUGAGACGAAGCAACUUCCCCAACUUGGGUCUUUAAUUGUGAACCAGAUUCGACGAACAAUUAAAAAGAAACACACCUUUCCACAUUAUAAACUACGGUACAACCCAGUCUUUUCGUUCCAGCACGUCAAGCAUCAUUCUGAGGAGGAAGUAAGUGAAGUCCAUGUAAAUCUGACAGCUGUUGAAGUAAUUAUAGCUGCAUGUACAAGACUGCUUAUUCCUGUAAAAGACGGAAAAGAUCCAAACUCUCAAACUGUUGUUUUCGCGACAUUGUCGCUUGAUGAGGUAUCCUGUGAGAAUACGCCCUUGUUAAAUGAGGAAAAAAUAGAAAGAAGUUUUUUUGGUUCGCCACAAAAAGAGAAACGAGAUGUGAGUUCUGAAGUUAAAGCAAACGGGAUAAACUUAGAGCCUAAAAAACUUUUUCAAACUUUUACAAAUGGUUCAGCAAGUACAAGUGAAAAGCUUAGCACAACACAUGAAACUUUGAAGGCAAGCACGUCUAACCUUUCAGACUUUAAGCCAAUAGGAGUUACAACUCCUAAGCGAAAAAGCAAUUUAAAAAAGGUUGUUCCGUCAACUCUUUCCUACUUAAUGGUGACGCGUAAUUUUAGUGCUACAUUACACGAAUUGCCUUUCACCAAACCAGACGGUGAAACAGUGACUGCUGUUCAUGUUAAAUCACUCACGGAAAACGCGUCGAUAUUUAGACAGUCUGGAAUUCAUACUGGAGAUAAAAUUCUCGAGAUAAACGGGAAUUCUAUCUCGUCAUUAAGCCAAGCUGUAGCGGUGAUUGAGAGCAUUAGAAACAAGAAAGAAAGAUUUCGUUUUAAAGUUCAAAGGGUCCGAUCUUAUAGUAAAAUGUCAAAUAGUAGCACAGUGGAUCUGGAUUCAUCUUGUGAUAGGUUUACUAAUAAAGGAAGCUUCUUAACUGAAGAAAUGACGAAUGAUAGCCUUCAUAGUGAUGAAGACACUGAAUCAGAUUACUCUGAUCUUGACUCUGAAGAGUACAGGGAGCUGCUUAAAAUUGAGGAGAAUGUAUUAAAACCAAAGACCCCAGAUCUCCCACCUCCAGUUGUGGAGGACCUGAUUCGUUCUCCCAAAACUCCAGGGAUUGAUUUAUCAGUUAAAGAGGUUGCUCCUGCUCCAAGUACUUCAUCUCUAAGAGCAUCUUUUUCUACAGACCGAGAAUCAAAUUCAGAAAAACUAAAUUUUGCCAAAGUAACUAAAACUUCCGUUAUUUCAAAGACCACACUCUGCCCUACCGGAAGCAACGAAUACACAUGGAAAAAUGAAAAAUUUAAACUGCCUGUCACAACCGAACAUAAGUACCUCAAUAUACGGUUUUGGUUUGCUUCGAAAAACCAGCCAAUGGCGAAUUAUACGCAGCCAAAGCUUAUGGGAAAUCUAGCCAUUCCAUUAUUCGAGCUUGAAAUGCAUUGUCGAUUGGUAACGUCACAGAAAUUCACACGACUUUAUAAAAUUUCACCGCCUUUGAAGUCAUUGCUUGAGUUCCGCGGCAGAGUGAAUGAGAAUUUUCGACACAGAAGCGGUUUUCGACUUGAGUAUUGUUUUGGAGACGCUACAAUCAUAACUAAAGUAGAGGCCCCCGUUUUGUAACUUUAAACUUGUUUAUAAUUGCUCUGUAUUAUCUUUAAAAUAAAUACCAUACUAGAAUAGUAGAAUACCAAAUUACCAAGGCAAAAGUCCUAAUUUAAAUUAAAGGUCAAAUUUCAUGUUUAAUUUGGCAUACAUGCUUUGUGACUUAUAGCACACAUUUUAAUGCUAUAUAUAGAGAGAAUUAUGAAUGCUAUUAAUGACCAAGUAACACUAUGUUUCUAUAAAUAGUGCAACAAAAUUAGAAAAUUGGAUUAAUAUAGUAAUUAGUAAUAACAUCUGCGGACCAAAGUAAAAUACUUAAACUAGAUUUAGUUUAAUAUAUAUAUAUAUAUAUAUAUAUAAUACGUCCCAGCUUUUACUCUUCAAUUUUGCAUUUGCUCUUUCAUGUUUACAUCAUGUACAGUUUUUCAUUUUAAAUCUUACUCUUUUCUGCCAAUAUGAAAAUUACUUUUAUAUUUUUUCCGUGCAGUAAAUAUAAAACCCAGGGUUAUUUAGUUUGUACAUUAAUUGUAGUUGUGCAAAUAUCUUCACUUUUAUCAUCAAUUUCUUCAUUGCUUUUUCUUACAUGCCUUCCAGUGCAAUUUUACCCAAUUAUAAUUUAUUUAACAAUUCUACAACAGCAGAGUUAUUUACUUUAGAUAUAUCUUCAGUUGUAUCCUGUUUUAAUUAAAAUGUAUUUUAAUUGAAUAUAAAAAGUUUAAUGGCAUUUUUGGAUAAAAUUAAAACUAUUCUCAGGGUAAAACCAAUUAAUAUUUAUACUUUGCAUUCAAAUAGUUUUGGAUAUUUUCUUUUGUAAUUUUAUCUUUUUUGAAAGUUUUUUUAUUAAGGAAGUUUGGUAUUGUAUCAUUAGGGUUCCCACUGCUUAGCAGUUGUUUAAAAUUGUUUUAUAAUCAUGUUCUAGUCUUCCAUUCUGUAUUUGCGCAAACAAAUGACACAUGAUGUAUUUUAUGAAUAACUGAUUCAUUGUUUAAUGUUUCAUGCCCAUUUUUCUCAUAAUGCAUUUCUAUCUUCUUUGCCACAUUUUCUUCCGUCUAUUUUUAUAUUUUAAGCCAUACAAUGCAAGGAAAAGCAUGCAAGUUUCAAUAUAGUAGGAUGGGUGAAGAUGGGACACCUUUUCAUUCUAUUUUCUCGUCCCAUUUGGUAGUAAACAAAGAACAUUCAAAGAAUUAUAAAAAUCGUAUACUCACGAAUCCCAUAGACCGUUGUUAAUUGUUUAAAACACGAUCAGAAUAUUUGGAUAUUAUGUGUUAAAGGUGUCCAAUCUUACCUCACCCUACUAUAUGUUAUCUACAUUGGUUACAUUAUACUAUACAAGGUUUAUUGGCUGAUUCAUACCAUGAUACUGUCCUAUUACUCAUUGGUGUUUUUCACACAUUAUUUAUUGCA